UCUCCCUGACAGAUCCAGGCUCGGAGCGCCAGGCUUGGUGUCACUGUCAAGUUCAUGCCAAAAGGUGUGGAUUCAGGACCUGUAGCUUUCUGAUGGAUCAUUCCAGUGGUUCAGCUACAUUAGUCACCCCCCAGAACGCGACGUUGACUUGAAUUCCUGAAAUAUGUUACAGGACAUACGAGCUGCUAAGGGUUCAAUGUAUAUUUUAAUCGAAAUGGGACCGCACAAAGCUCACCUGUCCGAGGUCCGUAGAUUAGAUCAUCUACCCCAAACAUACCCGUGGACGAGACAUCCGUGUCCGACAAGGAAGACCUUCCGUUCUUCCAGUUUCCCGCCAAUCACAUUUCGCUAUUUCUCAGACAUCUGUGAGUCAUGGGCGUGGUACAGUGACCUAGGCCUCCUGCAAAAGUCGUUUUCUUUUCAUCCUUGGGUUCCUGUUCCGCAGCUCACCGUCACCCCAUUAUUGCAGUAGACCACGAUUCGUCAUUUUCGUCAUGUGUGCGCUCUACGACCACUCAUGAAAGCCGUCUACUUCGCUAAAUCAUUUGGAUGGUAAGAUGCCGCAUGCAUACUCACGACGAAACAUCAUAUUGGACGUCCUCCGUGGUCGAAAUAGUCUUAAAUCUUAAAGUGAUGUGCUGUGGCGAUCUCAUCACGAAUACUUCAUUUCAUAUUACCAGUCUGCCUGAUUUUCCUGCGGCUCCUCCUAAACUGGUACCGCAAAUUUACAUGGUUAAGCUUAUGAAUUACGCUUCCGAAUCCUCGAAACCUUACACCAGUACUCGGGACACUCAGUCAUGGCUCUUGCCCACGGUGUCUAUCGACUCUUAUCACAUAUCAUGGUAACUGUAUACCUAUUCAGUGGACGUUUUGCUGUGCUUCGACAUUCUACGAUGACACCUGAAGCUGAACGUCGACUCUUCUAUUUUUGUUUGCAGAAUCAAGGAGGCUCAGAAACUCUAUCAGCACCUGGGAACUACUGGAAUCCGCGGUAUCAAGAUAUCCCCCUUCUCCCCAGUACAUAUUUCUGCCACUAAGCAACACUCAUGACGCCAAUU